GAACUACACCACCUCACCAUCUUCUUCCGCUUAACUACUCCCCCCUUCCCAAACCCUCAACCCCCACCCUCCCUCAAAAUGGCCCCCCGCAACCGCGCCCCCGCCGCCUCCACGCCCUCCACCCCGUCCUCCCAACCCACCCCCUCCCGCACGAAAACCGCCUCCAACCCGCAGCAUAUCAUUCAUGGCGUCUGGAAUAACUACGUCGCGAAAACCCCGCAGCGCACGAAGCUGAUCGACACGUUCAUGGCGUUCCUGAUGGUCGUGGGUGCGGUGCAGUUUGCGUAUUGCGUGGUGGCUGGAAACUAUCCAUUCAACGCUUUCUUGUCGGGCUUCGGCGCGACGGUCGGGCAGUUUGUGCUCACGGCGAGUUUGCGGAUCCAGACGAACGUGGAGAACGAGGGGGAGUUCAAGAACAUUUCGAACGAAAGGGCGUUUGCGGACUACAUCUUUGGGAGUUUGCUGCUGCACUUCUUCUGCGUCAACUUCAUCAACUGAGCGUGCAUUUUUACACGGGAUCCAAAAAGAGCUAUCUCUCGGGCGUUCGAGUUGAUUUUCAUUGUAUGAUUAUGGAAAAUGGUACUUGUUCUAUUCUAGAGA